CUCGUCAUCAUGUCCCGUACCUGUGGUGUCAUGGUCGUUCUAUAUCUUGCCUCAUCCAAUGAAUGACAUCCACAAGAUCAUUUCCAUCCACCAUGACCUACAUCACCAUCUUCGACGUCCCGCACAUCGUCCGAUACGGAAUGAUCAGCGAGGACAAAGGGCAGACACGGCAGACCUUCUGGCGCAACGCCACUGGUUUCACCGUCGACAUCGCCCGCUCUGAUAUUCUAGGCACGCCGUUUGAGAAGCAAUGGAGUCAGUGGUGCGUGGAGCCGCGAACGAUCCAAGAACAGGUGAAUCACUUCCAGCGGUGGCACGAACUCUGCGACGCCGUCAUCGCCCACAUCCUGCCUACGCUGCAGGAACUCGCUCCCGUGGAUGGGGAGCGGCAAUGGGUCACCAUCCAGGAUUACCUUGACACGCCCACGUACCAGUUGCGACUCGUGAAAGACGAUGCGGUUGGAGACGCGGUUGCUAAAGUCAUCAAAGGCCCUACUAUCGACCGAGAGACUUAUGAGAUGCAGCCUCACUCGUUCUCGACCGUUCACUGCCCACCUGACCUACCUCGCAUUGCAGCAUCGCAAUUAGUGGUGCUCGAUCACGACAAGGAAUGGCGCGCACAGCCCAAAAAGGUGCGCGUCUCAGACACGGGAGAAGUCGUCACGUUUCUGGCGGCAGAGGGUGAAUCGACUUCCAUGCCGGAAAAUGUGGUUACCAACCGAUCCAUGGACAAGAUUCACGCCGUCCUCAAGCUGCAUCAAGUCAAAGAAGAUCUAAACAUCCCCAAACCUCUCGCCAUCGUCACCUGCCAGCGUCCAACAGACUCCGAGCCGAAAUUCGCCGGCCUCCUCCAUACUCCCACUCCAGAGUGGGCGACGCGUCUCGAGGACUUGGAUCCGAGUAUCCUGAGAGAAGCAGUAAAGCAGAAUCUUCCGGUGGAAUGGAAGGCCGAAGUCGAGAAGCUGCAGAGAAACCUCCAGCCGCACGCUCUCACCUAUCUACCCAUAAAUGAGCGCCGGCUGUCUGUCGACUCUAGCUUGAGGACGGCUAAUGUCUGGCUGGGCGUGCCAUUGGAGUUGAUAGGGGGUGAUCAGUCGGAAGAAGUCGAUUGGCAGCGGGUUGACGAUUUUCUCAAGAAGUUUGAGCAGGCUGACGGCGACAAGGCGGAGGAACUAAGAGCGCAGUUGUAAAGACAGCAUAAUGAACCCGUGCUUCAGUAGCACGAGAAACGAUUUUGAUACACUCCUCUCGUCAUUAUCGAGCAAGCACGAUGCCACA